AAAUGUUUUCUAUUUAUAUACACACACUCAACAGAGAAACAAAACACACAAACCAUAAAAAAAUGUCUAUGUCUAAGCAAAAUGUGCUUGUGCUUGCACUUCUUCUAAUGUUUGCUAUGCUUUUACCACCAAUUCAAAGCUUGAAACUAAAAGCAGGGAAUUGGGGCAAAACAUUUCCAAAAAAGAACCAAGAAUCAGAAACAAAUCUUCAAUUCUAUUUCCAUGACACACUAAGUGGGAAAAAUCCAAGUGUUGUUAAGAUAGCUGAACCACUAGACAAGACUCAGUCAUAUGUAACACGGUUUGGAACCAUAUUUAUGGCAGAUGAUCCAUUAACGGAAACAUAUGAUCCGAAAUCGAAGUUAGUUGGCCGGGCACAAGGGAUUUAUGCGUCGUCGUGUCAACAAGAGAUCGGGCUUCUUAUGUCGUUGAGUUACGUGUUUGUCGACGGGCCUUAUAAUGGUAGCACUUUUACUCUUGUUGGGAAAAACUCUGCUGCCAACCCUGUUCGUGAGAUGCCUAUUGUUGGUGGUACUGGGCUUUUUCGAAUGGCCCGUGGGUAUGCUAUUGCGAAGACUCAUUGGGUUGAUUUAACUACCGGUGAUGCUAUUGUUGGCUACAAUGUCACUCUCAUUCAUUAGAUUUACAAUUUAUAAAUAAAUAAAUAAAUAAAUCACUUAAUAAUACUACUUAUGAACAUUCUUUUCAUAAGAGACAUCUGAUUCAACAAAAUUUGAUAUAUUUGGAUAUAUCAACUUUGGUCGAUGGCAUGUGUCUCUAUAAAAAGAACGGAAGAGAGUAUUAUAAUAGAUUUAUCAAUCUUUAUAUUCUUCUUAUAUUGUGCACACACGGACAUAUCCACAUUGUUCUUGUUAGAUUUUCCUACAUCAAUGUAUGUUUUGUUUUUGUUUUCCUAAUUAAUGUAGCUUUUUGGCCAUGUUCUGAGUUAUAAAUAUACAUCUUUUACAAAUUGGCAUUGUAGACACAAAAUAAAUAAACUCAAACAUGUAUGAUCUGAAUGUGUUUGGUCUUGUAUGAAAAGGACCAUAGUAUCCUGUGUUCAUCAAUUUCUCUAGAUGAUUAUCUAUCUUUAUUCUCUCUUAA